AUGAGAAUAUCGGAUUUAAUUGCGCCUUCAAAUCAGAGUGUGUGGGCAGUGGUCAUAGUGGCCAAUGAGAUCCGAGUGCUAAAGAAAAUUCAAAGAUGUUAUACCACAGGAGGAGCUGCGGUAAGAACUUCAACACUAGAGCCGAACAGUCAAACGGUGUUAUUCCACGCGGUUACUUCUUUCACGGCAAUAGACUUGGAGAGAGACACCCACGUGUUGGCCGCCGAAAUGUUCCGAUUUAAAUCUCUGUUACUUUUCCUGCUUUUUGCGGCCGGCGCUUUUGCUAAUGUUUCACGCAAUUUUUAUGGGAAUCAUAUUUAUUUACCGCGAUGUAGAUUUAAUGAUCAAAUACUGGAAACUACAGACAAGUUCGAGAAAGAAGUUUCUAGGUCUGAUUUUGUUUUCACCGGAAAAGUUACGAAUGAUUACAUUUAUUAUCAAGAUAAUUUAAUCAUAUUUAGUGUGGCAGUGAGGCGAUAUUUUAAAAAUGCUCUCAGAUAUCCAAAGACAAAGGAAGUGCGAAUCAUAAAAACGCUAAACGAGGGUGAAGGUGUUAAGUGUCGACAACCUAUAAGACCCAAAUUUACUGCAAUUUUUAUCGGUCGCAGGUUAAAACAUUCCAAAGAUGCUGACAUCUUUUUGGAAAUCGAGCCUGUUCCUGUUACUUUGUAUAAUUUGGAUAGAGUGUCUGCUGCAGUAAAAGGCAACCAAAUGAACAGCGCUUUGCUGCAGGCGCAGGAGUUGCCUAAUUUGGAAGUGAAGACUUACGCUCGGGAUAAAUUGGAUAUAACAAUAAACAAAUCAACUAUUGAUCAAGCACCAGAUCCCGAAACCUAUUGGAAUUUCCAAGGAAAUGAAUACGGAGUCGAACUUCCAGAGGUUUGCGAGAAUACGUAUUGCGCUUGGGGUGCCCAAUGUGUAACCGCUCGUGAUGGAAGUUCUUCUUGUCAAUGCCUCAAAACUUGCACGUCCGAGAUCGACCCUGUCUGUGGAACGAAUGAUGUAACAUAUGACAGUUUAUGCUUGCUGAGACUGGCCUCGUGCCGUGAACGACAGGACACCAGAUUUAAACAUGAUGGCCCUUGUGUUGAACAUGAUCUAUGUAAGGAGAAAAACUGCACCUUCGGCUCUCGUUGUGUCGUGAGUUCAGAUGGACGAAAUGCCAGCUGUGUUUGUCCUGAGAAAUGCCCCAACUAUGGAGACCACAUCACUUCGCAUCCCGUAUGUGGUUCCGAUGGCAUCGACUAUGAAAAUCAGUGUCAAUUGGCUCAGGCCGCUUGCAAAUCAAACUCAAACAUCACUGUUAAAUUUCAAGGAAAAUGUGAUCCUUGCGCUGAUGUGAAAUGUAGAGAACCCGAGAUAUGUCAGCUAGACUCUCAACGGAUUCCCGUAUGUCGAUGUGGAGAUACUUGCCCUUUAGAAUUCACCCCCGUGUGCGGUUCAGAUGGAAAAACCUAUCCGAAUGAGUGUUCUUUACGACAAGAGGCUUGCCGAACCAGAAAAACUCUCAAUAUUAUUUACAGAGGAAAAUGCAGCACAGGUAUUAACCCAUGCACGAGUGCCCGAUGUACAGCAGGUCAAGAAUGUUCAAUAAAUAAAUUUGGCAUUGCGGAAUGUUUGUGUCCACCAGAAUGUGAACCAACUAUGCGACCAGUGUGUUCGAAGGAUGGUCGAACUUUUACAUCUGAAUGUGAAUUAAAAAGGGCAGCCUGUUUAUCUCGUACAGAAAUUGAGAUCACUUAUACAGGGGUGUGUGGAGAGAAAGGUCCAUGUAGUGAACAUGAAUGUCAAUUCGGUGCAACAUGCGUAGAGAUAGCUGGCUCUCCUCAUUGUGAAUGUCCUAUUUGCUCCUCUGAAUUUGAUCCAGUUUGCGGCUCGGAUGGUAUUUCAUAUGGAAAUAAAUGUAAACUUAGACUUGAAGCUUGCAAGCAUAGGAGGGACAUAACGAUCUUAUAUGGCGGACCUUGUAUUUCAGAUGGAUGUGAAAACAUGAAAUGCGAUUUCUAUGCAGUUUGCGAAAGCAAUCGGGCCUCAGAAGAGCGCUGUGUCUGCCCACAGAAAUGCUCUGAUAAGCUCGAGAAAGCACCAGUCUGUGGAACAGAUGGAAUCACUUACGUGAAUGAAUGCGAACUCCAGAAAAAAUCGUGCAACGCCAAGAUCCAUGUUGAGGUAGCUUUUAAAGGGCAUUGCGAUUUAUGCAAGAACGCUGAGUGUAAAUACGGGGCUCGAUGUGAAGCUGGGGAAUGUGUGUGCCCAACGAAUUGCGAUGGUUCCGGCGACGAGCCUGUUUGUGCAUCAAACAUGAUGACAUAUUCAAACGAAUGUGAAAUGCAAAAAGCUAUGUGUCAAGAUUCGCCUAGUUACUCGAGUUCUUUGAGUGUCGUUUUCUUUGGCGACUGUCGGGAACGGUUCCCCACGGGCAACACUACGCUUGCCUCAUUGACCAACGCUCCCCCAACUGAAUCGGCUACAGUGCAAACGGACAACUUUAUCUCCAACAUGAGUGGCAACGCUAAAGAGGCUUGCAGGGAUAUACACUGCGACUUUGAGGCAACUUGUGAACUGGGUCCCGAUAAUUUUCCACGAUGCACAUGCAGAUUUGACUGUGCCAGUGCUGCUCUGGCAAAUCCUGUUCCAGCUAAGCCCGUAUGCGCUUCCGACUUAAGAAUUUACCCCUCAAUAUGUGCGAUGAAAAUGGAGGCAUGUCAAAGGCAGGAAGAGUUGCGCCUGAGACCGUUAGAGCUUUGCCAAGGGAUGGAAGUGAAGCCGUGCAAGGGCGAAAAACCCGUUACAGACCCUGUUACAGGAAGGGAGGUAGAUUGUGGCAACGGGCCUUUCCGACAAGACUGCCCUUCUGGCACUUACUGCCAUCAGACGACCCGCUUUGCGCGGUGCUGUCGUAAAGAUAAAAAUUUCAUUGAAAUGAAGAGUUGUGAAGAUAGCUGGUUUGGGUGUUGUCCCGAUGGUAAAACACCCGCCGAGGGUCAAAAUUUCGCAGGCUGUCCAUUAUCUUGCGGUUGUAACCGCCUAGGAGCCUAUUCGGAAUACUGCGACGUAAAAACUAAUAAAUGCAAAUGCAAACCUGGAGUAGGUGGAGAUAAAUGCGAUCGUUGCGAACCUGGAUUUUGGGGUCUCCCGAAAAUCUCCACAGGAUUUAAAGGAUGUUUGCCUUGUGGUUGUUCCAUAUUCGGUUCCGUAAGAGAUGAUUGCGAACAAAUGACCGGUAGGUGUGUUUGUAAACCAAGCGUACAAGGUCAGAAGUGUACAGUUUGCACAAGCCACAAUAAAGUUCUUGGACCAAAUGGUUGUAUUUCAGCUGAUCUUACGACGACUCCUCCAGCUACGUGCAAAGAAUUGACUUGUUACUUCGGAGCGACAUGCGUUGAAAGAAAUGGAUUCGCUAUGUGCGAAUGUCAUGAACAAUGCCCCCAGGACAAUGAGGUGCAAAUUGUCUGUGGUAGUGAUGGUCACACUUACAAUUCACCCUGCGAGCUGAAUGAACUGGCCUGUCGGCUGCAAAAAGACGUUGUCGUUCAGGCAUUUGGAACUUGUAAGGAUGACAUGUUUCCUGGAACCGAUUGGCCUCUACGCCGCUACACACCCCUUCAAUUUACCCAACCCGAUGAAGGUAAUUCUCCACUAUCGAAAUCAACCAGGCACCUUUUGGUGCCUGAUUCCAGGUUUUACUACGGAAGUGCUACGCGACCUUUAGCUUCAGACGUGAAAGACACCAAAGAUGGCGUUGUUGCUCUAGUUUACAGACCAACACCAGCUACGGUCAGAGUAACCGCGCUAUUAGGAGACCUUUGCUCUAAAACCUCAGAUUGUAUGAUAUUGAACAGCUAUUGUGUCGAAGGAGCCUGCACUUGCUUACCAGAUUAUUACGCCUCAAACGACAGACAAAAUUGUAUAGAAGACUCGAGGCCAACGAAAGAAUUCCGAGCAUGCAGCUCAGCGCCCUGUUUCCACUUGAGUACUUGCAUCGACCUUCCAGGGGCGACCUUCACCUGCAUUUGUUCUGAAAACUACACAGGACCCUCCUGCGAAACUGAAAUAGUCCUUAAACAAUACGAAACCCCUUCAUUUAGUGGGAGAUCCUACGCAAUUCUAAAGACAAUCGAAGCUUACAACAAACUUAUUAUAGAAAUGGAACUCAAGUCGUAUGCUUAUGAUGGAAUAUUACUCUACAACGCAGAAAACGAAGAUGGAACGGGCGAUUUUGUAUCUCUUUCGCUGGUUAAUGGAUUUGUCGAGUUCAAGUACAAUUUGGGACACGGACCUGUUAUUAUGCGUUCUCUAGACAAGAUAGAACUUGGCAAGUUCCACAGAAUCGCUGUUAAAAGAUAUAAUAGAGAUGGCUUAUUAAAAUUGGACGAUGCUGAUGACGUAGCUGCACAGGCCUCUGGAUCAACCAAAGCUUUGGAUUUAAAAACCGAUACCUUUAUCGGAUACGUACCCACUAAUUACACUCGGGUUUUCGAAAACAUGGGCACCGACAAAGGCUUCGAGGGCUGUAUCAAAAAGUUAAAGAUUGGCAGAGAGGAAAUUGAACUUCAUGCAUUCCGACACGAAAUGGUGUUGGAAACUAAAGACAUUCACGAUUGUAGUCAGCAUGCAUGCGACCACUCGCCAUGUUUGAAUCAAGCCAAAUGUGUGCCAAUGGACGAUCUUUUCCGUUGCGAGUGUGCACCUCAAUUUUCCGGAAAGUUUUGUGACAAGCUAGACGAUCCAUGCAUGUCCAAUCCGUGCGCUUUUGGUGCAAUUUGCAAGGCUUUCGACCAGGAAUCCUACGCUUGUCAGUGCCAGCCUGGACGUGCCGGAAAACGAUGCGAAAUUGAGUAUAAAAAUGAUAAAGUAGUGAUUCCGGAGUUCAACGGACGUAGUUUUAUUCGAUUUCCUCCAAUGGAAGGCAUCGAGAAGACAUUUUCAAUUGAAGUUUCCUUUAUGCCUAAAGCACCUAAUGGUCUAAUUUUGUACAGCGGACAAAUGAAAAAUGGCCUGAGCAAUUUUAUUUCCUUAAAUCUCGCCCACGGGUAUUUGCAAUUCCGAUUCAGCUUGGGCGGAGGGACCGUCGAUCUAAUGACGCUAGAUCCCAUCGUCAUCCGUAAAUGGCACAAAGCCCGCAUAUCUGGAAAAGGGAAAGAGGGCAUUUUACAAGUUGACAAUUCAACCAUAGUUUUUGGCUACUCGGACACCCCUAUUAGGGACUUUGUGCUUGACUCGCCACUCUACGUAGGAUCUUUCCCUGAAAGAGAAGAUGAGAACAAUCUGUUCUCCUUUCCCGGAUGGAAUAAGGGAUUCCGAGGAAUCAUUCAAGGACUCACCGUAAAUGGAAAUCCGUUGCCGAUAACAAACAUAUUAUCGGACUGCUCAUACAAUCCCUCCAACAAUAGUUGCGCAUCGAACGUGGGAUUCUAUGAGGGAUUACCAUGUCCCUUACACAAAAAUCCUUGUCUAAAUAAUGGAAUAUGUGUUCCCGACUUGGACCAUUUCACUUGCCAAUGUCCCUCAAAGUUUAAGGGAAAGCGUUGCGAAAUUGAGGAUCACGGCCCCAUCAAAUUCACUGGAAAUACCCAUUUGCAGUACAAGUUAAAAGGAUUUAGAAGCAAUAAUCAUACUGAUACCGCAAGUCAAGUAGUUGUCCAAUUGAAACGAAAGAGAAAAGAAACCGGAAUUCUCGAUUACAAUGAGGAGGAUGAACCGCGAAAAUCGGAACUGGGAAACGACUAUAAAUUUCAGAUCCAAACUUUUGUCGCUGAUGGACUGUUAUUAUGGCGGACUAAAACGAAAAGGAUUGCCCGAGAAUAUUUUGCGAUUGCAAUUGAAAAUGGAUUUCCGCAAGUCAGCUUUAACCUGGGUAGAGAUAAACGGUUCUUUUCUAUCAGAGCUACCAAAAGAGUAGACGAUGGACAUUGGCAUAUAAUUCACGUGAAGAGAAAAAAACGAAUUGGUAUGAUAUCGGUGGAUGGUGAAAGAAUUGUUAGGGGGCGAUCAAGUCCUGGGUCGAAAAGUCUACGAACGACUGCCAAAUUAUGGAUCGGCGGAACAUCAUCCUUGCCUCCUGGUUUACCAGACGCAUACUAUAAAGGAUUCUACGGUUGUAUAAAAGAGUUUUUAGUUCACAACAAACCUUUUAACCUACUAUCAAACAUCGAUGGAAAAAAGGUCAAUUUCUGUCACGUCAACGACGUUUAGAGAACCCUGCAAAUUUUCUUUUGCGGUAUUUUAUGUGAGACUGAAUACUUAUUGACUUUCCAAUAACGUCUAGCUUAGGAAAUGUAUUGAUGUAUAUAGUAAUAUUGUUUACCUAAAUGUUAAUGCAAUCAGAAGGCUUUGAAAAAAGUAAGUUUUCUUCUAGUCCUGUAAAAUAUGUUAAACUUUCCCGGUGUGUUUUCUACCAAAUUUCGUGAUUAGGUGCGGAAACUCGCGUCUACAAUCAACUUAUAUUCAAUUGGCUUAUAUUUAUAAAAUUGUUUAAAUGAAGAAAAUGAUUGUUACAAUAAGAUUGAUAUAGUAGUAGCUUUGUUUACGUGUUCAUUAGCUGACUUGUAUCUAUAUUUUGUCUACAAGUCGAUUUACCACUCAAAUAAAUAAUUAAUCAGUACUGUAAAUUAUCAUAUUCAAAUCCCAUUUUCAGUUUUUUCUUAUAUGAAGCUAUUUUAAAAAAUCGACUUGUAUCAGUACAGCAAACCAUAAAAUAUGUUCACGGUAUAUUACUUGCUAGUUUUUAAAUUCUGGAAUCUUCUAAACCAAUUGUCUCCAAACCCGCUUUUGAUUAUCAAAAAAUGUGAUUCCAGUAGAGCUUAGAAAAAGCAGUUUAAUCAAUUGCAAGUUUGUGUAAAACUUAAAGUUUAAGGCCUACAUAGGGUAUAAUGCAGCGCUUAAAUUUAGAAAUCCUGUGAAGGUUGACUCCUUUCAGCAUAUCGUUCCCCUUGAAAGUACUUGAAUGUUUUAUUGAAAAUUGUGUUACUCAUGCGUAAACCGCAAUAAGAAACAUAUCUUUGUUAUCAAAGAUUCGUAUUUAGAAUGAGUCAUUCAAUCAUGUAACUUAUUCAUGGAUACUGAUCAGUGUGAAUACUGUCUAAUGCAUAUCACAUGUAAACUAGACUUAUAAAUCCAUAUCAUUUAGCAUAUAUUUUGUAUUUUAUGUUAUAAUUAGCCUGUUAUAUAAUGACGCAAAUUAAUAUUUACUGUUAAUAACAAAUUUCAUGGAAUUUGACUUUGUUGGAACCAGGGAACUCUAUCAAUGCUAAAUAGAGAUUUACAUUUAAAUUGGCCAAAUUAGUUUAAUCGCAAUGAAAUUGCUCGUAGUGCAUACCUCAAUUCACGACCUAUAACUUUUUACUGUAAAACUACCACUAAAGACAUUUCAAAAAUGUUGAUAAAAUCAUAAAGUUAUGAUCUAUUUAACGUGCAUUUAUGUUGAUGAUCAACUCAAUAGUUAAAAUUAUAAUAUAUUAAAACAAUAUAAAUAUGUUUGAAUUUCGAAAAAAAAAAUUCGCAUUUUACAAUGCUGGUCACUGCCCAUGAAUAGAUUUAAUAAUCUUUUGAAUUGCAUAGCUAGAAUAAUCUCAAGAAGAAUGAAAGAAGAUGUCUGCAUAGUAGGGGAUAUCUUCUUUGGGAAGCAUUCGAGUUCGAUCGUUUCAAUGUAAAAUAAUACCAUUGGUAUCUUGGUUGAAUGUUAUUCAAAAUUAUCAAGUUUAUGGAUUAUUCGUACAUAUACGCUUUGAUGUUGAUUGAUGUAAAUAUACUUUAGAAAAUCGUACUAAUAUUUUUAGAUUGCGUUAAGUUUUAGACCAUUAUCAAAUUGUACUAUCUAGAUAUUCUAGGCAAUAACAAAUACCCUAGGAUAAUAAACUAGAAUAUUUUUAUUUUUAAAAUAGUGUCUGUACAAUAUUAUUGCAAUAAAUAUA